CCGCGACAUUGUAGCUGAACGACCUGCGGGAACAUCAUGUUAUAAUACCCGGCGAGGCUAAAGUCUCGCUUCUUUGGAUUCUUGCGAGUUAAAACUGCACAAAUAUGACGAGCAGCACCGAGCAAAUUAUCGUCAAAAGCUCGACCUCCUGGUGGAAGAAACGCUCGGCUUUAGAGAGGGGUCUCGCGAUCAUGUCUGUGUGUGUGCUGCUUAUUUGCGUUGGACUUAUCAUUGGUAUCGAGGUCGUCGCCAUGAGGAUGAGGACUUGCGACAGGACUCUCAACGAAUUGUCUUCAAGCAAAUCAAGAAUAGAAAAGUGGUCUAGAGUUAUUGGCCGCGAUGUCAUUUGCAUGACACCAGAGUGCAUUCAUACAGCAUCGACAAUUUUAGACAAUAUGGAUGCCGAAGUCGAUCCUUGCGAAAACUUUUACGAGUUCGCGUGCGGCAGCUUUCUGAAGAAUACGGUUAUACCCGACGAUCAAGCGAGUGUCGACACAUUCAGCAUGAUCGACGAUGACUUGCAGAUGCAGUUGAGAGCGAGUAUAGAGGAGGAAAUAAAAGAUAAUGAAACGCGGCCAUUUAAAUUGGCGAAAACGCUCUAUCAAAGCUGCAUGGAUAAAUCAUUGAUUGAAGAACAAGGAUUGGAGCCUAUUAUUGACGUGCUGGAAAAACUGGGAGGCUGGCCAGUAUUGCUCGACGAUUGGAAUGAGAACACCUUUGACUGGAAAGAUUCUGUUUACCGGAAUAGAAUAAUUGGCUACUCGGUCGACUAUUUCAUCAGUUUCGAUAUUGACGUUGACUCGAAAAAUAGUUCUAAGCGCAUCAUAACUUUAGAUCAAACUUGGCUAUCACUGCCGCGAGAAUACCUGUCGAAAGGCUUAGAAAAUGAAGUUGUGAAGGCUUACUACAAUUACAUGGUUGACAUCGCUGUAAUUCUCGGCGGAAAUAGAGAUCGCGUAACCAAAGAACUUUUAGACUCCCUCAAUUUUGAAAUUAAACUUGCCAAAAUAUCAUUACCGAAUGAAAAUCGUCGCAACGCCUCGGAACUAUACAAUCCAAUGACCGUAGAAGAGCUGUCGCGUCUUUAUCCCAGUGUUCCUUGGUUGGAGUACAUGAACAAGAUGAUGACACCAUUCGUGGAAUUAGAUUCCAGUGAAGUCGUCAACGUCAAAGAGCCUAAAUUCAUUAUCGAAUUGGAGAGAUUGCUACGUAUUACUCCGAAACGCGUGCAAGCAAACUAUGCUGCUUGGCGACUUGUACGCGAUUCCGUUGAAUAUCUCAAUGAGGAUAUCAGGAGGAGACAAUUGAUCUAUUGGACUGAAGUUACAGGCGAGACAGAGCGUGAACCUAGAUGGCAAGAAUGCGUAGACGUUGUCUCUGGCGGGUUAUCGUUGAGCAUUGGCGCAUUAUAUGUGAGAAAAUACUUCGACGAGGAAGCCAAGAAAAAUGUCGUCGAAAUGGUUACAGGAAUACGCAAAGAAUUCCGAAAGAUUAUCGAAAAGGUCGACUGGAUGGACGAGGAAACUCGCUUAGCUGCCUUAGAGAAGGCUGACGCCAUGAGCAGCUUCAUCGCUUAUCCGAAUGAAUUACUGGAUGAUAAUAAGUUGGACAAAUAUUAUGAAUCAUUGACGAUCGAGCGAGGAAAUUACCUCGAGAGCAUAUUAAACUUAACGUUAUUUGCCACCGAAUACACACUCAGUCAGUUGAGAAAACCUGUGAACAAGAGCGACUGGAUAACCUACGGUGACGCAGCUGUCGUCAAUGCUUAUUACUCUCCCAAUGACAAUAGCAUGCAAUUUCCAGCCGGAAUCCUACAAGGUGAAUUCUUUGACAAAGACAGACCUCAGUACAUGAACUACGGUGCUAUCGGUUUUGUCAUGGGUCACGAGAUAACUCAUGGUUUCGAUGAUCAAGGUAGUCAGUAUGACAAGGAUGGCAACUUGGCCGAGUGGUGGCGAGAGGAAACAAAGAAGAAGUUCUUGCAAAAGGCACAGUGUAUCAUACAUCAAUAUGGAAAUUAUACCGAUGAAGAUGUUGGCCUGAGCUUGAAUGGUGUUAAUACCCAAGGUGAGAACAUAGCCGACAACGGUGGCAUCAAAGAAGCCUACUAUGCGUACAACGAUUGGGAACGUCGCAACAGCAAAGAACCUCUGUUACCAGGUCUCGACUACACACCUCAACAAAUGUUUUGGAUCAGCGCAGCAAAUGUAUGGUGUACCAAACAACGAUCUGAAAUGCUUAAACUUGACAUACUCACGGACGAACAUAGUCCUGGCGAGUUUCGAGUGAUAGGGCCACUGUCAAAUAUGCCAGAGUUUGCUCGAGAUUUCAAUUGUCCUGUUGGAUCGAGAAUGAAUCCUUUGAAAAAGUGUGCUGUGUGGUGAAUAAUUUUCGGAUAGAAUUUUGAGAUAUUACGAGUGUGUACUUUGUAAAGAAAUGUUGUCUCUUUAGAAAAAAAUAAUGUUAUCGAAAUGCGAAUUUCUCUUGUCAAUGACUGCAUCGGCGCGGCGGAAACUGGUUUAAUGUGAUCGACAAAAUAAAUUUGGAUUACUUUCCUUUUGUGGCUUACAAAAGCAUAAAAUUAACUCCAUGUACGUACUUUUCUGCGAAUGAGAAAACGCGACGAACUUGAGGUUUUGCGGUGAAGUACGUAAAGCUAUAUUUGUAUAGGUAUAUGUAUGUUUCCAAGGUAAUUACAAUUUUUUUACGUUCCUUGUCUACAGUAUUUACACUGAUUAUUCUUGUACAAUAUUUUAUUUUAUUUGUAUUUUGGAAGUGCUUUUUACAUAAUCAACGAUAAUUUUUUGAUACUGAAAGAUUGUUUUUAAAGUUGUUUGACAAUAUAAACAGUUUUUAUAUAUCCAAACACCACUAUGAAUUUUGUUUGUCUUUUUAUACACAUAUACAAUGUAUCAGAACAAAAUGAAUUGAAAAAUAAAUCAAAAUAGAUAAUACACGAAGAAUCAUAUAAAAAUAAUAAAAAUUUUGUGAAAAAUGACUGCAAACAUUUUUUAUGAUAAAUGGUAGAAAUAUUCAUUUUUUAAGUGUUUAAGAAAUACAUUCGUAAAUCUUAAGAACUUACUGUAAAGUAAAUUAUGCGUAAAUGAUCUAUUUGUAAAGAAAUAUGUAAAUCUAGUAACUAGUAAUGUAUAUGUUGAAAAGAAUGCGUCUGAUAGUAUUUUUUGUACAUACAUACACAUAAUAAACAUUUAAUUAUAUUUAUUAGUUUUAAUUGUAUUGUAACAAUUUUGAGAAUUUACUUAAAAGUAUUACAUUAUUUAAUAUUCAUUUCUAUUAUUAUAGUGCAUAUUGAUUGUUCGAAAAUAGAAUGUAUAUUACAGUAAAAACGUUUAAUUUUCUCUUUAAAAGUGUACUAAUAUAUGUAUUAGUGAUAACCCACGUCUGAUGUAUGUUUAAGUUUGUAGUAAGUUUUUUUUAUA